AAAAAAAGCAUUAAAAGAUGACCAAAAGGAAGUUCAGAAGAACCCGUUCACAGAAGCAAGCCAAAGGCCACCAACAGCAAAACCUUAAAAUGGUGGAAGAAGAACAGCCAUCUGAGCCACUGCAGCAGGACCAAAACGCAGAAGACCAAGACCCUAAAUCGAUGGAGGAAGAAGAACUGUCAUCUCAGAGACCUCAAGAUCAAAACCUGGAAGAAGAUCAAGACCCUAAAUUGGUGGAAGAAGAUCAACACUCUAAAUCGGUGGAGGAGGAAGAUCAAGACCCUAAAUUGGUGCUGAUGGAAGAAGAACCGGCACCUCAGGAUCAGCGUCAUGAUGGGGAUGGAACUAAUGACCAAGAAAACCAGCCCCGUGAGGCUCAGGCGCCGAAAGAAAUACAUGAUCUGGAGAACCAGCCGGAAGAAGCUACAGCUCAUCCAGAAGUAGAAGAAGUAGACGAAGAAGAGCAACAACCGCUGCAACCACAGAAUGAACAAGAUCAAGAACAAGAGCGAGAAGAAGAGGAACAGCAACCACACCAGCAGCAAGAGGAAGAUGAAGAACCAGAACCAGAUGGUAUGGCCCUUUCUCCUACGCUCCCUCCUCCUCCUGCGCAUGAAAUCACCUUUCCCGACAUAAUCCCAAACAAUCCCCUUCACAAUGUUCGGAAGGUAUUUCGGAAACCCCCGAAGAGGAAGAAAACCCUCAACCACCGACAGCGUGCUGCCCUUGAGAAGAAGCUUCAGGCUGUUAAGGAAAAGCUGCAACCAAUUCCCUUCAUUCCCAGUAAAACCCUAGAUUUUUCCAAGCACGAAAAGCUUCUGAAGCGCCUAGGGUUGUGGGACUUUGCACACCUCCAUUUUGAUCGGGAGAUCCGAACAGACCUUCUAUUUCAGUUAAUCGUCAAUUUCAACCCUCACUUGCGUUGCAGUUACGUGAAUGACUUCCGGAUCAUGGUCAAUGGAGCCGAUCUCGGUAGAGCCCUGAAGCUCCCCCACAAGAAAGAUAAGAUUAAGAUUAAUCAGUUGGAAGCUGCGGAUUCUGAUUUCGAGAAGUUACCUGAAGAUUCCAUAGCAUUUAUGGAGGAUUUUGUGUCAACUUGGUUUUUCCUCCAUGAAGAUACUUGGAUAAUGCCGAAUGAGAUUGUGGCGUGGAGUAAGCUUAUCAGAGAUGGGCAUCCGGAGAAGGUCGAUUGGCGUCGAUUGAUCUGGUUUAUGGUAGAGAAGGAACUCACGCAAUCAUCGCAGUUGGGCUCUUGUUAUUACGCUUCGCACUUGCAAUGCUUGAUGAAGGCUCAACAUGUGCAUCUGUUUAAAGAACCUAUAACAGAGGUUUAUAAUGUGGAAGAAGAGGAUGCCAUUGACAUUAAGGAGACUAAUUUGGAGGACUUCCAGGGACAGGAAAUGGAGUCGCAGCAGAUAGAAUUGAGUGUGGGACAAGUCAAUACUGAUUGUGAGCAGGUUAAGGGUGAAGACGAUGCUAUGGACUUCCAAGAUUGCAAGGAUGAUGAACCUAGUCUUUUGCUGCUGGAUGGUAGGAACCAUGUUGAUGAGCAUUUCUUGCAGCGCUGUAAUCUAAGUGAGGUAAGUGGUUUUGAGAGUGGACAAAACAUGAAAGAAGAAGAAGAAGAAGAAGAAGAAGAAGAAGAACAGCAACAAGAAGAUGAAGAAGAUGAUGAUGAAGAAGAAGAAAGAGAAGAAGAGCAAGAAGUGAAUGAUCUGUCGUCAAAACCCACUACUCUGGAGCAGGUAUCCUCAACCGACCUUAUUCAAGCACUGGGGACUACAAACCUUCCGUAUAAUACGACUGCUCCCCUUUUUAGUCACCCUUCUGGGGAACUUCUAAAUUCAAGGAUGGACAACCAUAUGAAUUCAGUUGGUUCAUCACUGUUUGGCAAUGGGUGCAAGAGAGAGAUAGAUCAUGACAAUGAUUUCAGUCAUCACUCUUUCAAUGUUCAGAAAAGGAUGAGAAGUGUUGACCCAUGGGAGGAACAAAAGGCAUCGGAUUUUUAUUUGUGCAUGGAACAAGUGCAAAGUUGGACGGGCAAAGCUAGAAUGAUGUAUGAAGCAAAAAAUCAAGAGAUGAUGAAUGCUCAUUUACAAGAACAGGCCUUAAUCUCUGAGCUUCAGCAGCGGAACAAUAUCAUUGAAGCUUUGCAUAGAUCAAAGGCUGAAGAGGAGCAGAAAAGAAGGCUCGGAAUUUAUAGGCUUGAGCAUGAACUAUAUGUCAUGACCAAUUUGUUAAAUGGUUAUAAGAAGGCUUUGAAGGAAACUCACCGGGCAUUCUUUGAAUAUAGAGAAUGUUAUUCACAGCCUGAUGAACCACUUUACAAGGAUGUUCCUGGGACUGGUGGGGUUGUUCUUAGCUCCAUGGAACUGGAAAAACAACAGCAGGAUCGAGAGGGAGAGCUUAGGUUUUUACGCUUCACGAUUGAAGGGCAGAUCAAGGAUUUUGAGCAAAGGUGGUUAGCGAAGUUUGAAUUACAUCUAAAACAAGUACAGUUACUGGGUAGUAGGCUAUUAGAAUUGGAGAAUGAAACAAAAUUCCAUAAGAAUCUUUUGCAAACCGUGAAGUUUCAGAGACUUGAACACAUUCCUUGCAGUCAGUAACAGCUGUUCGCCUAAUAGUGAGGUUGUGAAUAUAGGUGACUGUAUCAACUACAGCUGUGUAAGUUAUCAUAAUUUGACUGGUAGUUUUCUCUUUUCAUUAUGUUGAUGCCAAUUUACUCUUUAUGCAGUGAUUAAAAGUGAUUGUUGCACUUGUUACAAAAUUAACUGAUUGUUAUGAC